CCAAGUGGGCGGAGGAGGCCCAGGCUCUGAGAUCACCGGAGGUAUAAAAACAUGCGCGCUGGGCGCGGCCCCGCUCAGUCUCAGAGAAGGGCUCCUCGGGAAAGCUUCGCUUGUAAGAACAACAAGAAAGAAGGAAGGAAGGAAAAAAGAGCGCCGUGUGUGGGUGCGCGCGCGCCACUUUCACCUUUGAGGAGAGAAAGUGCAAGGUUUUCCCUCUCGGAUCGGUGCAGCCUCGCAGAGUCCAAAAGCUCGAACCGCGCGAAAACCGGCCCCGCCAUCAUGGAAGUACAGAAAGAAGCGCAGCGCAUCAUGACCAUGUCGGUCUGGAAGAUGUACCAUUCGCGCAUGCAGCGCGGCGGCCUUCGACUACACCGCAGCUUGCAGCUGUCCCUUGUUAUGCGGAAUGCCCGGGACCUCUAUCUCUCCGCCAAGCUGGAGGAAGAGGACGAGAUGGCCGGGAACGGAGGAGCGGCGGAGGACUUUGCCGGACGGCAGCCUCAGCCGGACAUAGAAGAGGGAGAGGUUGCGGCCCCUCAACAUCUGGAGGGUCCUCCGGCAACCCCUCUUCCUCCGCAACUAGAAGUGCUCCCUCCCACCCCGCUCCCGUUGGAAGCGCAGCAGCCGCCCCCUCUGGCCUGCCCGGACCCGGAGCCCAUGGAGACCCAGGAGCAGCCCAGCAGCUCGCCCGCGCCUCCCUCGUGCCAGUCUCCCUGGAGCCGAGGCGCCUCCGGGCCCCCGCCGGGCGCCGAGAAGCCUAGCCGCAAGCGCCGCAGUAGCAGCCUCGGCAAGAUCGGAGCAGCUGAAGCCGGCCUGGUGCCCAGUAAGAAGGCGAAGCUGGCGGAAGAGGAAGGCGAGAGGCAGCCGCAGCGCCAAGAGGGGCCUUUCCCAGGCCUAGCCAGAGUCCUGCAGGAUCGGUUCUCUGGCUUGAUCCUCCAGUCGCCGCCCGCUAAAGGCGCCGACGAGCCCAAGGCGAGCUGCCGGCAAGGGGACGGCGUGCUGAGCAUCGUGGUCAGAGCAGUGGUGGCUUUUUAAGAGGCCCCCGCCAGGGACUCUUAGCUGGAAACUUCUCUCUCCGCCGGAGAAGCGGAGCCUGCUGAAGCCUCUCACUGCAGAGGAGCUACAUAUCGUCCCCCAAGCCCGGCCCAGCGGCCCCAUCUCCUCGGUGGCGGGCCUUGGGCGGUUAGGAAGACGCACAGCGGGAGGCUGGUGAUGGAUUGGGGGUGGGGCGGGGGGCACCAGUGGGUCCCUCCUCCUUUUCCUCCCUCCGGAUUUAGGCGAGAGACGCUCUGGUGGCUUGGGAAGAAGGCGAGACCAAAGGCUGCGGGAGACGGAGGAGGGUUGCCGAAAGACGCCUCGGGGCCCCCAGCGAGCCGGAGAUGCGGCCAGCAAGAGCGUCGGUGUGAACAGAUGGGAGAAAAUAACUUUGGGGGAAAAUAAAUCUCCAGGAAAAGGGGAGAGACUUGCAACCAGUCAAGUCUCUGAAUCCGGAUUCAGACGGUUGACUCGUGUGGAAAGCAACCACUAUCUGUACUGGGUGCAUUUUUUUGUUUUGGUUUUUUUUUUGGUGCUAGUCGAUAACAAUGACGUGUCUAUCCUGCCUUUCCUUAAGUUGUUGCCAGUUCUGGGUUAUGUGUGUGUCCGUAGUAUCCCUUUUCUUUUUGAAUAGAAUUAGUGGGAGGGGACCUACGGAUUGUUAGGCAGCUGGGGCAGCUCCCCGGAAGGGUUAAAAAGCCCUGCUGAGAGCUGUUGAAGAAAAGCAGCUUUUGUCAGCCCCACUCCCAAGUGGGAGGGAGCAGCCAUCUACCAGCAUUCUUUUCCUCGGGGCCAUCCCUCUUUCUUACCUAGUAAUUAAGGAUGAUGAAGUGGCCUGUUUCUUUGUGCCAGAGAAGAUCUCAGAACCAGAUUAGUCUUGCCAGUGUGUGUGUGUGGUGAGAGCAGGAACUGAAGGUGGGGGGGAAGAAACCCAACCAGUCAUACUAGUUAUGACACAUCUCUCAUAUGACUAGCAUUUGCAUUACACUGGGUCCAACAGUGCAGGGGAUUUCCUGCUGAUAUUGCCUUAGCUCUGUGUGUGUGUGUGUGUGUGUGUGUGUGUGUGUGUGUGUGGCUGCUGUAUUUUUUUUUUAAGGUGUGGGUGGAAUGACGAGUGCGGGGGAAGGAAGACGUGUGAGUUUUUCCCCUGAAGAUGUCAUCUUGGAGUCUUACUGGUGGUUCCUAGAUGACUGAAGCUGUUGAGAGGCAUUGAACUGUGAGGAGGAAUGCUGUCUUUACAUCUACAAAACACUUUCUUCCCCACAUCCAGCUUGAAUAAUUUCUCACCUAACUAAAGAGAAUAUGGGCAAUACAAUCUUUUCUAAUGAUUGUGUGUUCUGUCUUAUCUCUAAAACCAGUAAUUCCAUCAUCCUGUGGAAUUUCAAGACACCUUUCUCUGCCUUUGUUCAUGAAGUGUUUCUUCCACUGGAUCUCUUAUGCAUGAAGCAGCUCCUAUUGUCCUGGUUUUAUCUAGUGUGUGUCAUCUCAAUGGAAAUGCUUCUCAAAUGUGUGUUGGAUACAAGUUAUGAGUGUUGGGAACAGAUCUGUGGAAAUGUGAUCAUGAAAUGUUGGCUUUCAAAACUAGCAAUAGAAUUGGUUGCUGUUGAGGUACUUCGUAAUGCUAACUGUAUGUAAUUUGCAUUUAUCUUCUGUUGCCUUGAAGAGGGAAGAAUACAGACUGCUUUUGGUUCUAGUUUUUACCCUCAUGGUGUUAACAAUUUUGGUCACUGAAAUAAAGACCAUCUGGUUUUUUUUACUCA